UACACUCGCACCCCAUCAUUUCCUGUUUCUGAAGCUCGCGUAUGAACAACGCAGUAUGACCGAAACAGCAGGUUAUGUAGUCAGUUCUGUUUAUUCUUUACCUAGCUGUCGAAUUUAGGCUGUUCGCAUUUGAGGGCAUAAAAAACGGUAACUAUGCCUCUGUCCGAUCAAGAACAGAGAAGCCCCAGAAGAAAACGACGGAGCCGAUCUGGCAGCGGCAGUCGAUCUCGCGACUCCAGUCCAGUCUUUGGUCCCAUGCCCAAGGCCCCCAAAUAUGAAGAAGACCAUAAACCUCCUCGAAUGUCCGACAGGGAGAGAGAAAUGAGAGCGAGAAAUGCCAAAAGGUUUCGUACGGAAAACCCCCGCGAGAGGUACAAUAACCACGGCUGGUCCGAUCAGCGCGGCGAUGGCAGAUAUGGAGGUGGCGGCAGGAAUGAUUACUACGAACGGGAUGAUGCUCAAUGCCAGAGACAAGACGCCUUCAUCUCGAGGCGGCUACAAGAGAGGGAGAGAAUUGGUGAACUUGGAUCACCUGAGGUCUGGGGCUAUUCACCAAGAGUAAUGGCGCCAGACUCUGAUGAACAUACACCAGUUGAAGAGGAUGUGAAAAACAGCAGCUCAGAUUCAAGCUCAUCGGACGAUAAGAAGAAGAAAAAGAAGAAGAAGAAGAAGAAGAAAUCCAAAAAGAAGAAGAACAAGAAACACUCCGAUGAUAGCGAGUCAGAGUCGGACUCCGGUGAUGAAGAAGUGAAAAAGAAGAAGAAGAAGAAGAGCAAAAAGUCAAAGAAGUCCAAGAAGAAGAAGACUAAGAAGAACCGCAAGCAGUCCGUGAGUGACUCCAGCAGCGACGGGUCGGAGGAGGAGGACGCCAACGGGGAUCUGUGGGUGGAGAGGACCUGCAUUGACGAACACAUGGUGGGCCCUGAGGCCCCACUCACCCACCUGUCCCAGGACGACAAGCCUCUCGAUUUUGGUCAUGCACUGCUGCCAGGUGAGGGUGCUGCUAUGGCAGAGUACGUCAAAGCAGGCAAGCGUAUCCCAAGAAGAGGUGAAAUCGGGUUGACCAGUGACGAAAUCGCAACCUUUGAGAUGUCUGGCUUCGUGAUGAGCGGUAGCAGACAUCGUCGUAUGGAGGCUGUGCGUCUGAGAAAGGAAAACCAGAUCUACAGUGCGGAUGAAAAGAGAGCCUUGGCAUCCUUCAACCAGGAGGAAAGGAGAAAGAGGGAGAGCAAAAUCCUCUCCAGCUUCAGAGAAAUGGUGUACAGGAAAACUAAAGGCAAAGAGGACAAAUGAGGCUUUUUGUUCUUCCCCUUUCGGAACUUUCUGCUUCUGAGAACUUUUUCUCCCAACAUUAUCUUUUGUUGUGUUUAUUUUCUCAUCGUUUCAUGAUUUGAGAAUGUUAUUUUUUUUCCUCUUUGUAUUGGGAAUUAGACUAAUAUAUUACUUAUAUUUUAAAGCAUCUCUGACACAGUG